CGUGCCCGCAGCGCUCCCAGGGCUCCGCCUGAGUGCCACGCGGCGGAGCCCAGCCCGGGCUGGAGCCCGGGAUCCCCGUGCUGUCCGCCACGUGAGUGCGCUCUGCGCGGGACCGAAGCAGAACUUUGGUGUGUCCCCAGUGCCUCCGAAGUCCCUCUCUCCAGCCGCACCCAUGCUUCUGGCGCGAAUGAAUCCGCAGGUGCAGCCGGAGCUCAGCGGGGCGGACCCGCUGCAGCCGGAGCAGCCCCUGAGGCCCUGCAAAACCGCCGAUCUGCUAGUGGUGAAGGAGCGCAACGGCGUCCAGUGUCUCCUGGCGUCCCAGGAUGGCGACGCGCAGCCCCGGGAGACUUGGGGCAAGAAGAUUGAUUUCCUGCUGUCUGUGGUGGGCUUCGCGGUGGACCUGGCCAACGUGUGGCGCUUCCCCUAUCUCUGCUACAAGAAUGGUGGUGGUGCCUUCCUGAUUCCAUACACGCUGUUCCUCAUCAUCGCUGGGAUGCCCCUAUUUUACAUGGAGCUGGCUCUGGGGCAGUACAACCGGGAGGGGGCAGCUACAGUAUGGAAGAUCUGCCCUUUCUUCAAAGGAGUGGGCUAUGCUGUGAUCCUCAUUGCCCUCUAUGUCGGCUUUUACUACAAUGUCAUCAUUGCCUGGUCACUCUACUACCUCUUUGCAUCCUUCUCCUUGAGCCUACCCUGGACCAACUGUGGCCACUCCUGGAACAGCCCCAACUGUACUGACCCCAAACUCCUCAACGCCUCGGUGCUGGGUGACCACACCAAAUACUCCAAAUACAAGUUCACACCGGCUGCAGAGUUCUAUGAACGUGGAGUCCUACAUUUGCAUGAGAGCAGCGGGAUCCAUGACAUCGGCCUGCCCCAGUGGCAGCUGCUGCUCUGCCUGGUGGUUGUCAUCGUUGUCUUGUAUUUUAGCCUCUGGAAAGGAGUGAAGACGUCAGGAAAGGUUGUCUGGAUCACAGCCACCCUGCCUUACUUUGUUCUAUUCGUGCUCCUGGUCCAUGGCGUCACACUGCCUGGUGCCUCCAAUGGCAUCAAUGCCUACCUGCACAUUGACUUCUACCGCCUCAAGGAGGCCACGGUGUGGAUUGAUGCUGCAACCCAGAUAUUUUUUUCUCUGGGGGCUGGAUUUGGAGUCUUGAUUGCAUUUGCCAGUUACAAUAAAUUUGACAACAACUGUUACAGGGAUGCUCUGUUGACCAGCACCAUCAACUGUGUUACCAGUUUUAUUUCUGGAUUUGCCAUCUUCUCCAUCCUUGGUUACAUGGCCCAUGAACAUAAGGUCAACAUUGAGGAUGUUGCCACUGAAGGAGCUGGUCUUGUGUUUAUCCUGUAUCCAGAAGCCAUCUCUACUCUGUCGGGAUCCACGUUCUGGGCCGUCCUGUUCUUCUUGAUGCUCCUGGCUCUAGGGCUAGAUAGCUCAAUGGGAGGCAUGGAAGCAGUCAUCACUGGACUAGCUGAUGACUUUCAGGUCUUGAAGCGACACCGGAAACUCUUCACGUGUGUUGUCACCAUCAGUACCUUCCUUCUGGCAUUGUUUUGCAUAACCAAGGGAGGGAUUUAUGUCCUCACUCUGCUGGACACCUUUGCAGCAGGCACCUCUAUUCUGUUUGCGGUACUUAUGGAGGCCAUUGGAGUUUCCUGGUUUUAUGGUGUGGACAGGUUCAGCAACGACAUCCAGCAGAUGAUGGGUUUUAAGCCAGGCCUGUACUGGAGACUGUGCUGGAAGUUUGUGAGCCCCGCCUUCCUCCUGUUUGUGGUGGUGGUCAGCAUCAUCAACUUCAAGCCGCUCACCUAUGAUGACUACGUCUAUCCUCCCUGGGCCAACUGGGUUGGGUGGGGCAUUGCCCUCUCGUCCAUGAUCCUGGUACCUGCCUAUGUCAUCUACAAAUUCUUCAGCAUAAGGGGCUCCCUUUGGGAGAAAGUGGCCUACGGAAUCACCCCGGAGAAUGAGCACCACCUGGUGGCCCAGAGAGAUGUGAGACAGUUCCAGUUGCGGCACUGGCUGGCUAUCUGAACCUGGCCCUGAGGAGGAAGAGGAACCCAUGUGCCAACGUCCAGGUCCAGGGUAUCCUCUUCGCCCCCACUCGGACACCACCUUGGGAUUCCUCUCCUGGAAGAUCCCUUCCUGAAUGAUCCUGUUUUCUCAGUUACUAAUGAUUCUGUGACUCUGGUUUUUGUUCACCUUCUGUUCAUCUGGCCUGACGGCAGUGAGUGUGGGGAACUGGUGAGCUUCGAGGAAGAGGCUGGAAAGAGGAAGUGGGAUAUGAAUUCUGGAACUCUGGCUUGAGGGCAAGCUUACUGUAUUGGGAGCACACCUGAGCUGAGGUUCACAGCUUGGACAGAAACCCCUCUGGGAUUUGCUUGGACUUCAUAUUAUAAAAGAAAUCUUCAGUUCACCCAUGCGGAGAGAAGAUUGGCUUCUGGUUAGAUAUCAAAAGCCCAACCAAACCCUGAUGGAGUCUGUGUGGGGACCAAGGUGUGCGGGUUACCCUUCUCUUUCCAUUUAUCCAGUCACGCUCUGAUAUCUGAGCCUCUGCUUGGGGGUAGGGCUUUAUUUUCACUGAAAAUGCAGCUGGUAGGUGUUCUAGGGGAGGGGAAGGGCUGGGCAGAAACUCUCUGACUUAGCUAUCUAGCUGGUCAAAGGCUGGCUUUGGUAUGUUCUAGAAUAUUACUCUAACGUCUGGUGUUUGGGUGGUCCCCAAACCAUGAUUUCGGGGAAGAAUGUAGCUGUACUACCAGUGAAGAAGUUCCCUAAAGUCAGAUACUUCAGAAAGAUGGUAACCUCUAGACAAAUUAUGCCUGUCAAGGCCACCCUUGUCCUGUCAGACAUAUGGGUAGUUCCUAAGACUUUCCUAGGGAUUAAGGCAGGGUCCCUCUGAAGCCAGAGAUGUGUGCUCAUCAGGGAUCUCUGUCCUGUGAGGCUAGGUGGGUGUCUUAGGUGGGUGUUGAUAGGCUGCCAUGGUUCUUUAUGGUAUCCCCCUGGGAACCUCAGCAGACAGGGGUCCUGAGCAGUGGAGUCCAUUGGCUCUGAACAUGGCCUGGUUUUUUUAUUUACUUGACUUGGUACCUUGGAGGGCACAAUGGGACUUACCACAGCCCAGUACAGGCUCUCAUGUUCAGGGAGGGUAUGCUGACUGGCAGGGACAGGGUUCAGGAAAUUUCUAAGUUCACGUGUGACACAGACUUGCAACUAGUGCCCUCUGGUGGUUAGUUUCGGUUCGUUGCGGGGAAAGGAUGAUUUGGUAAAUUGAUGGCAUCUCCUUGGGAUUUAUGUUUCUGCCUUAAGUAUCUUAUGCCCUUGUUUGAAAUCUAGAAUCACAGGUUGCCAUUGUGAUAGUGGGAUUCCCUUUCAUAGGUUGUGCGUGCAUGUAUGCGUGUGUGUGUGUGUGUGUGUGUGUCUGUCUGUCUGUCUAUAAGUGCAUGUUUGGGUGUGUCUACGUAUGUAUAUAUGUGUGUGUGUUCAUGUGUGCAUACAUGUGUGUGUGUGUGAUUGGAGUCUUGAAGGAGGCACAUAGAGAAACUAGGAUGCCCCCGUGUCUCAUGGAGGCUGUAAAAAGAGGCCAGGUGAGGCCAGCUGGGGAUGAGGAGAUGGUUUACUCUGAGGAUGCUCCAAAAUUUCCCCCCAAAUCAGGAUCCUUGAGUUGUUCCUUAGAGGAAAUUUGAUUUUUCCAUGUAAGAAGGCCAUGUCAGUUCAAGGCAUCCCUCAUUGGCAAAUGUCUUGGAGUAUUUGAGUGGAAAAGCUUUCCCUUCCACUGCAAGGUAGGUGCAAGCCAGGGCCCUCUUAGCAUCAACCUCAACACCUCUUACGAGUAGUAAUUCCUUUCCAGUUGUUCCCUUUAAAGUAUUGUAUUAUUAUUAUUUAAACAAUCCAUGUUCACCCUCACUACCUCCCAGCUGUCCCAUAGAAAGGAAGGCUGCUUCCCACCUCCCCCACUUCCCUGGUGAGAAGAUGAGAAAUCUCGAUUGCUCAAGGUCUCUGCUCCCUAGGGAUCUGGGUGGACCCUCCGUCCCCAUCUUGUCUUCACAGUCCAGAGCACCAGGGAACUCUGUGUUUACCCUACCACGGGCUGACACCAAACAGAAUGCACAAAGUGCCACUUAAGGGGAAGGAAUGUUUCUCAGCAGAACAAAGUGUUGGGAGGAGGGCAGGAGGAUGUUACUCAUCUCCCCCCACUGGCUCACCGAGAGGCAUUGUCAUCGCCUUUGAUGACAAGUCACCCUUUGAACAGUGAGGCCUGAGAAGGAAGAAACCACCUGACUGACUCAAGUGCACAUGCUCAGAAAGCCGUGGUGCCUUGGAUCAGCACAGGGCCGCCAUUUUCUUGUUACUAUCUGAGUGGCCUCUUCGCCUGCAGACACUGUCCUCUCUCGGGGGUUGAAGUUGAAAAUGUGGUGCUAGCCGAAUGAGCCCCAGACUAAAGCAAUGGUGCUGCUUUGUGGCAAAGUCGGCUCCUGAGACUGGGACAAAGUGGUUCAUGGCUCCAGGCCCAGGUGCUCUAGUGGGAGAGGGGCAAGACACCCAGAAAGCCCCUGGAGGUUCUCAUGAAGGUGCUAGGAGGUCACCUUUCCACCCACACUUUCCAGAUGGGGGUUAAUGCGUUAUCAUGAGUAAUGCUUGCCUUCUGUGUUCUGACUAACUUUUUUUAGUAGCAGGACCAGCAUGCUCCUCAGUACUGUAUGUGACACUCGACACUCUUGAUAGUUGAUUGGAAUUUUAGAGAAUUGUUUCCUAUGAUAUGUGAGACCUCUGUUUAAGACUUUAGCAUUACUUAGUCUCCACCUGCCAGUCUCCAUUCUAGAGUCAAGUGAGACAGAAGAGAAAGUGGAGACUAACUCACAACAGAUCCUGCUCAAUGAAGGUCCCUAAACUGCCUUAAUUCUCAGAGGGAGUUCCUGCCCAGGUGGAAGCCAGUUGUCCCCUGUCACACAGUCAUCCAGUCUAGAUUUUCUAGAUUUGGUCAUGUAAGAUGGACAUGUUCUUACCAAAGAAAUCAUUUCUACCCCAUUAAGCUCACUCACUUCAUGAAUUUGUUUAUUUCGUUUAAAAACUAUGGUGAAGAAGUGGUCAGAGUAGGUGUUUGGUGUGGUGGAAGCAGCACAGCAUUUAGAAUUGACCAGCAGUGGCUUUGCAGCCAGUUAGCUAUAGCUUGAGAGAGGAACUUUACAUCUUUGGGUUUUGGGGGGGCACAUCUCUAUAAAAACAGGGAUUUGAGCAGGUCAUCAAAAGACACAUCCAGUUGAAAACAUAAACCAGAAGAAAGCACAAUAACAUCCUUGUGCUAAAGUCACGAUGAAGAAAGCAUGUCACCUCAGAAGCUUCCAGAAGUGACCCCAUAACUGACCAUCUCUUGGGCUUAGAAGUAGAGGUUUCUGCCUGCAGAGCUUUGAUUUUCCGGUGUGUCCCGUAGCUCCUCUUUUCCAGAGGUUUCUUUUCAUCUCGUGCCAGAAAGCCCUGGUGUUUGAGAAGAAGUCAAGUGCAUCCCUCUAGCACUGAGAAGGCAGAGGGUGUCACUCUGCCCUGUGUUUGCAGGCCUGGGGCCCCACAGCUCUGCCCACAGGCAUGGUGCUUGGCCCCAGUUGGUGACUGUGAAGUGGGGGGUGCCUGCCCUUGCUCUACUGUCUCUACAUCUGUGUACAUAGGAUUGUUACAUUCUCAUUUUCUCCGUGUCACCGACCGUUCAAGCAUCAUGCGGAUCUCUGCGUCUGCUUUGGGUUUAUUUUGAAAGUUGUUCUCUUCAUGGGGAAAAAAAAUAUCAAAUAAAUGUACAGUAUAAUAAAGGAUAUUUCCUGUGCCGUGUA